GUUAAAAGCAUUUAUAAAAGGUGGUGUCGUGGUGAGCACCACCUCAGGACAAAUGGACGCCACCUCCAAAGUCUGCCAUGUGGUGGCGAUGCCGUAUCCCGGCAGAGGCCACGUCAACCCCAUGAUCAACCUCUGCAAAUUACUAGCCGCAAAGAAAACCGACAUUCUAAUCACCGUCGUCGUCACCGAAGAGUGGCUUGGAUUCAUAGGACCCGACCCGAAACCCGAUAACAUCCGCUUCAGCACCAUCCCCAACGUCCUUCCGUCCGAGCUAGUCCGCGGGGCUAACUAUCCCGCUUUCUACGACGCCGUAAUGACAAAGAUGGGAGCUCCGUUUGAACGAUUACUCGAUCAAAUUCAGCCUCCAGUGGCCACCAUUAUAGCCGACAUCGAGCUUCUUUGGGCGGUUCCCGCCGGCGGCCGGAGAGAUAUUCCGGUGGCUUCUCUUUCGACUCCAUCGGCAUCGUUUUUUCAUCUCCUCUUCCGGAAUAGGGAGCUGAAUUUGUUAGAACAUCUAAUGGAUCACUUCAACGUUGACUCAACUACCGUCGGCCAUGUGGCGGCGAUGCCAUUCCCCGGCCGAGGCCACAUCAACCCCAUGAUGAACCUCUGCAAGUUACUAGCUUCCAAAAACCCUCAACUUCUUGUCACCUUCAUCAUCACCGAAGAGUGGCUGAGCUUCGUCGGCUCCGACCCAAAACCCGACAACAUCCGAUUCUCCACCAUCCCAAACAUCAUCCCCGCCGAGCGGCUAAAAGCCACCGACUUCCCUGGCUUCUACGAAGCUGUCAUGACCAAGAUGGAAGCUCCCUUCGAGCUCCUCCUCAGCCAGCUCGACCCGCCGGCCACAGCCGUCGUUGCUGAUAUAGAGGUCCGGUGGGGAGUCGGGGUUGGGAUUCGGAGGAAUAUUCCGGUGGCCUUGCUCUGGACUAUGCCAGCCACCUUCUUGUCAAUGCUGCACCGUUUCAAUAUUUUCUCACAAAACAAGUACAUCCCACUUGAAUGUUUUGAUUCUGGAGACCAAAUUCCAGGGAUUUCUUCAUCUGAUUUAGCAGACCUUGGAGAAGUGUUUCGAAGAACCGACCCGAAAGUCAUGAAGCUUGCUCUGGAAUGCAUUUCGUGGGUUCCAAAAGCUCAGUGUCUUCUGUUCACUUCAUUUCACGAGCUCGAACCCGAAACCUGCCACUCUUUACGGGCGGAAUUCCCAUUCCCUGUGUACCCAGUUGGUCCUGCCAUACCUUACUUGGAGCUUGGAAAGAAUUCCUCUGUGUCAGUUGGUGACAAUGGCAUUGACUAUAUGAAAUGGCUUGAUUCCCAACCAAAAGCCUCUGUCUUGUACAUCUCAUUGGGGAGUUUUCUUUCUGUUUCAAACAUGCAGAUGGAUGAAAUCGCAGCCGGGCUGAAGCGUAGCGGGGUUCGGUUCUUGUGGGUUGCGCGGGGGGAGGCGGCUCGAUUGAGUGAGAGCUGCAGUGGUAGUGAUGGUAUGGGGUUGGUGGUGCCAUGGUGUGAGCAACUGAAAGUGUUGUGCCAUUCUUCUGUGGGUGGUUUUUGGUCACAUUGUGGAUGGAAUUCGACUUUAGAAGCUGUUUUUGCCGGUGUCCCAAUGCUUACUUUUCCUCUUUUUCUCGACCAAAUUCCGAACAGCAGGCAAAUAGUUGACGGGUGGAAGAUUGGCAGGAGGGUUAAAUCAGAGGUACAUGAUGAAAGGUUGAUGACAAGGGAAGAGGUUGCUGAGCUUGUGAAGAGAUUUAUGGACCCUGAAAGCAGUGAUGGGAUUAAAAUGAGGAGAAAAGCGAAAGAGCUCGGAGAUUUGUGUCACCGAGCAAUUGCGAAAGGCGGUUCAUCUGAUACAAAUCUUGAUGAUUUUAUCAGGGAUCUUGGCAAAGCUACCUGCAAUCUUCAAAUGGAGACACAAGUUCCUCAUCCAUGAUCCAUUUAACACGGCAGUGCGUGGUAUAUAUCUACUUGGGCUUGGACGUUCAGUAUGCAAAUUAGCCUUGUAUCUUGUAUGUAAAAUAGUGUAGAAUCUAAAUAAGUUUCCUUCCAAUGUGUGCUCUUAAUUCCUUUUCUAUCAAAUAAAACUCAAUUUUUUGUUGA